AGUCGGGAUUCUAAAACAGGACGGCUCAGUCUUUAUGGUAUUUUAGUUGUGCCGACUGUGCUUGAUUGUUGAUUCAGUGAGGACAUCAAGGUACGGCUUUUGUCUGCCUUAAGGUUGCAAUCAAUUUAAGGGAGAAAGUAGUUACUAAGCCGAUUUAUUUUCAAUCUUCGAUCGCUUCAAGACACCAAAAGCUUUUCGCUCUGAGGUGUUGAAACUGCCAGUAUGAAGGCAAAGACGUAUCCAAGGGCUCUCAGUGUGGUGCUUGUUGUUUUCCUUUAUCAUGUACAUUUCAAGGCCCUGGGGGAGAGAGCUAUUCUACUUUACAAAGAUCAGGCAUCACCGUCUUCCUGGCAGUGGCUGACACGCUUUGAAUUUGGCUCAUUUUCCGGGUGGUCGCAAGAUGGUAACAGUGGAGGCUACACUGUGUGCGAUAUUUCAGAAACAGCAACGAACGAUACCAACAGCUGGCUCGUCUCGGACUACGUUGACUUGCAAAGCGCCAACGAGGUCCACAUGGGUCUUACAUUCAUUGCCAGGCAAUGCCCUGCGGAGCUUACCUACUGCAAACAGAGCUUCAAAGUGUAUGUGCUACAUACCCAUGGACCCGUACCCGGUGGGAUUACAACGAAGGAAAUUGAAUCAGGAAAUUUCACUUUAAUCGAUUCAGUUAAUGCUACGUAUCUUUGGACGCCUGGGCAGACACCUCAAAUAAAUCAAGCUAAUACGAGUUUCCUUGCCAACGGUAGUGGCGCCUACUUUGCGUUUCAGGACACGGGUGCUUGCUUAGCGCUCACGUCCGUCUUGGUAUCAUACACGUACUGCCCUAGCAUUGUGCACAAUGGCGUAGUGUUCAAGAUGGUGGUCGCACCCCCUUCUGACCAGCAGAACAUUACUGUUAACGGUAACUGCUCCGAAAAGGCUUCUCCGUAUCCCAUCAACAGUACACUUGCCAUGGCGUGUCUUAAUUCUGGGCAAUGGGCGACAGAUGUCAAAGUUACAUGUAAAUGCACUGCUGGAUAUGAGCUAGUUGAGGACAGCUGUACUGAAUGCAAAGCAGGUUAUUACAAGGAGUCAGUUGGCAAUGAUCAAUGUAUCUCAUGUCCCUCCAACAGUGUGCCAAGUCACACUCAUGUUUCCUGCUCCUGCCAAAGUGGCUUUUACAGGGCGCCCCAAGACGCAAUCAGCGAUGGCUGCACAGCUCCUCCUUCAGCACCAACAAAUGUCAACGUUACAGUCGCGACAGAAAGUGUUGUCGUGGUGACAUGGUCUCGGCCUUCGUAUGAUGGAGGGCGCACUGACCUUUCAUACGAUUUGCAAUGCAGUGCAUGCUCAAAUAUUGGCUUCUGUUCAAGCAAUUGUUCUGGAGUGCAGUUUUGGCCUUCAGCUGAGAAUCUUGGUACAACUCAAGUAACGAUCUCUAACCUUAAUCCGGCAGCGUUGUACAAUAUAACUGUGAUUUCAAAAAAUGGGGUCAGUGAACAGGCCGGAGCAUCGUCAGUUGGAUAUUCUCAUAAAACAUUCUCCUUGACAACGCCUACAACGAGAAUUCCAGAAAGUUCCACCACGUUAGUGGCAGUCACGGAACCGACAACUACUGGAGAAAUUCCCAGUCACGAGAAUAUAACGACUGUGGGAGGUGAAACAGUUCCAAUCCAAGGCACUGUGAGCUCCAAGGUAGCUACAGCUAUCGGCAUCUCUGUGGCUGUAACGUUUGUUGUCUGCUUCCUUAUCGGAGCCGUCAUCAUCUUUUUACUGAUUAAAUUCUGGAGGAGAAAACACUUUGAGCAAAAUAGCGCACAGAGUUCUCAAACUCAGCUCACUGAACUAUCAAGAUAUGAAACGCCUUCGAGAAGAACGCGAACUGUCACAGCAACUACAAUGCUGACCGAUGAUGGCAGCAUCUCACCGGACAUCCAAAAUGAUCACUUUAGAGACAACUGCAUUCCCACUAUUCACAUCGACGACGUCAUUUCCAAAUCAAGGCCGAACUCUGCAGGAAGCAAUCACUCCUUAUCUAUCAGUAAAAAUAAAAUUACGCCCGCUCUAGACUGGACACCAACGCGUUCUAUAUCGCCGGUGUUACUUCCGAAGAGAUUAAAGAGCGGGUUUGGUACGAAACGUCCGUUAUCACCAAACAGUCCGAGAAAGCCACCGGAGGGAUCUGAGCGUACUAGAAUCGAAGGAAGCUCUUCCGUGAACAGUUGGUUUCCAGCCGAGGAAAUACAGUUCAAUGUCUGAGAGGAACCAAGUCCUCUUCCACGGCCUAGGAACUCAUUCCUUCUCACGUACAACACCUCGCUCCAAAACAUGCUUUGCUGGUGCCGCUCCAGUUAAAAGCGUUUCUUCAUACUCAUUCACCCUCUAAUAAGAACAAAAGAAUACCAGACGAAAAGAUAAGAUUGGAAGAGGAGGGUCCACGCGUAGGAAAGUGAAACUUAGACAAUUUUAGAAUUUUCUGUAAAAAGAACGCAUUUGAGUUUACAAUACAUGUUAGUUUGAAACAUUCCAUUUCCACUGAAUUUAUAUGGUGCUUGCCACUAGAAGUUCGCACUGAAAAACAAAGAGUUAUUAAAUAUAUAUAUAUAUAUAUAUAUAUAUAUAUAUAUAUAUAUAUAUAUAGGUUGAAUAAACAGAAGAAGAUGCGAACUUUUCUCGUAGGAGGUCUUAAAUUCAAGUGGACGUUUCGCCCACUCGGGCUUCUUCAACACUAAGAAUAUCAAUACUCGGAAUAAAACUUACAAAAAGUGAAAAAGCCUUAAAUAAGUUACAAAACAAUAACUUACAAGGAGAACAAAGAAAUAAAAAAAUUUUUCACAUGAGAUUACAUAAGAAUUACGUAAUAAUAAAAAUAGCAAAACGCCCGCCAAAAAGCAAAUAAAAUCAAAUAAAAUACAGCAGGAAGAUGGUGUUAAUUGUAGCGAAUCCUAUUCCUGGAAUUAAACUAGCACCAUUUGUUGAGUCCAUGAGGUGUGAGGGUGCAUAAUUGAGCACACCAAAAGGCCUCUCUUGUGAACAAACGAUCAUCAAGACUUUUAUUAUUGACACUAAGAUUACACAACUGUUCAAUAAUUCAAAAUUCAAAAUCUGCCAGAGCGUGAGGCUCUUUGUUAAAAUGAAUAGCAACUUCACAAGUACGUUUUUUGGUGAUCAUAGAAGACUUGUGGUUGCGGAAACGAAUUUUAAAUUCG